AUGAGCAGCUUCCAGCAAACAGUUGUGUACGAUGCGCUUACAACAGAACCAGAUCAAUUGUCACGAUAUGUGGACGAAUCUAUUUGUGAUCCUACUUACACGAUACAGCCACCGGUAUAUCCUACCCUGUUACCAGCUGAUAGCGCCGACGCUGGAUGUGAAUGUAACUAUGGAACUAUAUGGCUUGAUGUGUUCUUGCUGAUGGAAGCCACAGCUUCUAUGCAGUUUGGAAUUUAUGGAGCAACUGAAUACGUGGUGGUUGCACUUUUGAAACUGACGAUUGGGCAAGAAGAGCAGUACCAAACUCGCUUUGGGGUAAUUCGUUAUGCUACGGAAGUUCAACUCAUCGCCGACUUGGACACCUACAAUUCUACAGAGGAUCUUUACGACCUUGACAUAGAAACCUAUGACGAUCUAGGCACAAAUAUCGAGGGAGCUCUCAAAAUGGCCACAGACCGCUUCAAGAGCAGUGUUCAUCGUAUCGCCGCACGACCAGUAGUCAUAAUUGUUGGAAAUUCCUACAGAUCUGGAGCUUAUAACGAUCCAUCACAAGCUGCCGCAGGCUUUCGUGAAGAUGGCGGCAUAAUUAUAACUAUCGAGUAUGUCCAAGAACAUGGUUUAGAAGUGCCAUAUCUAAGGUCUCUUGCUUCUCCCAAUUACAACCUUACGAAUGAGAAGAAUGACGGAACAAGACUAGUCGUAUACGAUUUGAGAGAUCUUCUUUGCAAGGCAAAUUGCUUCUGCAGAAAGAACUGGCUAGAAUACAAUUUGGACAAGUGGAAUGCACCGCAGGGCGGAUGCUACUAUCCUGUUUCAAUCCCAGAUACACAGCCAUUGGCACAGCAAGCAUGUAGGCGUAAUCACAAUUCUACAUUGACACUCGUCGAGGAUUCCGCAAAAAACUCAUUUUUGACGUCAAUAUUCCCUUUAAAAACGGAAUUCUGGUUGGGCUUGACAAAUGAUGGUGGUGGUUGGAAAUGGCAGGGCGGAUACUCUAUCAACCAGGCAAUGGAAGCUGUGCCUAUAUGCAGCAGUAUUCAGGAUUUAGGUAUGUUAGAACGAAGAAGAGGAAGAAACUGA